AUGGGGCGGCGAAUGUUGGGUUGGCUUGCAGAAGUAGUGACAGCAGCAGCGCAAGCGCAGGCAACACGUAAUGUAUGUCAGACUGUCUACUUGGAUACCCGCGUGAAUGCCACGAUGCGCUGCUGGUUCAGCCGAGCGUUGUCGAUAGCAGCGGUUGAUGCACGGGGCCGCAUGGUUCCCGCUGCACUCUUGCUGCAGUGCAGGCGCUCACACAUCAGCUCCUUCAAGGAGGAGGGGUACUACCGCCUUGCACAGCUGCGCGACAUCCACGUUGACGAGAGCUGCUACACUGUGCUUGCCGUGCGUGGAGGCGGGCCGGGCGGCCAGGGAGCGAACAGCAGCAGCAACAAGGUGGAACUGCGUGCCAGUGUCACCUCACUCAGUGACCACUUUGACGAGGAGCUGGUGCAGAAAUUGAAGGAUAACGAACGUGGCAAGGCGCUCACGUCGGAUGAGACGCUGCUUAUCAUUACAACUCACGAGCACCGCAGCGCGCACCAGAACAAGGAGGCGUGUCUGAGGCGACUAAGGGAGAUGAUCCAAAAGGCCUCGUGGGUGCCACCAGUGGAGUGUGGACCCAUCAAGCGACCAGCGGCAAUUGUCAGUGCGCACAAGACGGAUCGGUGGCGGAAGGGCUCGAUGAAGAAGAUGCAGCGCACAGCACGUAGGGGCUUGUGGUAG